AUGCGGGUUCCCGAUGAAAAGCUUACAUUCUGCAUUCAAGGUGGGAACGGCCCGUGCAAGGACGUGACCAAGUUCUUGAAGGUGAAGGAGCCUGCAUUGGAGAAGUGGACCUUCCAGUUAGACCCAAAGACUUCCACUGUCGUUAAUGUCGCUUCGAAGGCGUACCGUGCUUCUCCUACAGUGGCGGAGGCCCAACCAUCGCCAACUGACUCGCUCAUAAACCUGCUACUCAACGCACAGCCAAGAGUGUUCUCUUCUUCGUUGGCGAUGGCCAUGAUCACCGCUGCUCGUCUCAUUGUGCACAAGUCCAUCAACGGCAAGUACCAGUUCCUCAUGCAGAUGGAUCAGAUGGACAAUCUUGGCUUCCGAAUGACCCAUUCCAUCAAUUCGUUCAUCACCGACUCUGCGACUGCCCUGUACACUGGAAAGAAGUUGACGGUCAACGCUUUGGGCGUUUACGUCGAUAGUUUGAAACCAUCGCUGAGCUUUUCCGUCAUCGCUUUGGUGCUUGGAAUUGUGCCGACUGCCUACAUUGCCGACGUGACUUUCGCUAGCCUCUGCUCAUACACUGGGGAUCGUGGUCAAUAUGCCUCCAUCGUCACCGAGUACCUUUACACUCAACUCAAUAUUUGCAUGGCCUACCAGUUGCCAAGGACCAAAUGUCAUCUUUGGAGGAGGCGUCGAGCAAUUCAUUGCCAGAGAAGGCUCCCAAGUGGUACCGACUUCUACAAGGUGUCCCAAGUGCAAGGCUAUAACGUCAUACACAACAACACCCAACUCCAAGCCGCCGGAACCAAGGACAAGAUGUUGGGCAUCUAG